CAUAUUUGGCGAGGCUCACCACUGCGCGUGAUUCGUCGCGGUCCCUGAGCCUCCAUGGCGGUUCCCUACUGCUCCCAGCUGCCCGGGAACGUCGAGUCGCGGAGGAAGGUGAAGUGGGACACCGGCAAGGAGAGCCUCCUCAUCGAUUUCUUCCAAGACAAUCGGCUGCUGUGGAAUGACACCGACCCCGACUACUUCAGGCAGGACAUGAGAUCGGAACGACUUAGUGAGCUGCGGCAAUUCCUUGGCGUUGACUCGCAGGGAAUCCCUUUCAGAGAAGAGGACAUCAAGACCAAGUGGAAGGUGCUCCGAGGCAGCUACUACAGGGAGUUGCGCAAGCAGGACCAGUGUAAAGAGCUGUGGUCGGACUCCAACAAGCAGUACAUUCCCCGUUGGGUGCAUUUCGACAAAAUGUGCUUUAUCCGCAAUGCGUACUGCACCAGAGGGAACAUCAGCAGUCUGCAGCGGGCGUCCCUCUCGGUCGUUACGAAUGCCGCUCUGCAACUUAGCACUUCGGACAACGAGAAUGGCGACGCGCUGGCCGCCUGCGAACAGAUUGCCUCUGACUCGCACACCAUCGGAGCGCCGUCCGACCCCAGCAACUCGGGCUGCCUGCUCAUGUCAUCAUCGCAGGUGCCCCAUGCGAGGAAGCGACGCUUGAUCGGAGCGGCAGGACACUCUGGCCCGGACAUGCUCCACCACGUGGCCGGCAAGGACCUGCACUCCAGGCUGCAGCUCCCACACGAUGCUAAUGAUGCGUUUGGUGUCCACGUGGCCCUGAUGCUGAAGAGCCUGCCCCCACGGCAGUGCGACCUGGUGAAGAUGGACAUCUUGAAGGUGUUCUUCAAGCACAAGUACCCGUGCAAUGAUGACGGAGAAGUGACCGAUGGAUUUCCCGCGUGAAAACAUUUCUCCCUUUUGUCAUUUUUGUUACGUUUUAUUUUUCAUUAUGUUUACUUGACGGUGAAGGUUGAGUGUAAAGAUAAAGGUGCAGCCCUAACAUUUCUUGCUCGUGUCACUUCUGGCACAGGAGCUUUCAUUACAGUUUUAAGAGGCUGGAUGGACAAGAGGUGGGUGGGACUUAAGAAACAUGGCUAUUGUUUCAAUGGCUGUAUCGGAAGACUGAAACUGAGUGUGCAAUAUGGUAUAUAUUGUGAUCACGUGUUAUUGUGUUGCUUGGAUCAUGAUAGGUAUUCUGUAUUUAAUGUUUGUGGUGUGAUUACAUGUUACUGUCAAGUUAGUUGCUUUGUGGUGGCUCAAUGGUGGAUGCCUGCUCGUCACACUCCCAGACUGCAAUUGAACCUCUGAGAACUGUUACAGGACUGCCCCCUGGUGGCAGAUAUGCUAUUACUGUCUCCAUGGUGUUGAAAACUGACUUGUCUGGGCUUGCCAUGGUGGCAAACAACUAAACCGUGCAGCUCCUUUGCAAUGAAAACUUGAUAGCAAAACGGUCUUUUUUAACUAAAUGUGGACGAAGCAGUGGCACAGUGGUUCACCAACUGAGUUCGUUUCCUGGGCAUGGCUAAUAUGAGUGGUGAUCGACAAGCCCCCCCUACGAGUGAUGCGGUGUGGGGAGGCCUUCAUCCAGCAGUCAAUUAGUAAGGGGUUGGACAUACUAGAUGUACAUUAAGCUGGUUGAAGGGAGGGAGUGGAGUCUCUAUGAGCUGUGUGCAGCAGAGUGGAGCUUCCUUGUAUCGUUUUGUGUGGUAAAGUUGACGAGCUACCAUUGGGUAGAUAAUGGUAGCUAAAUACUACUCUUGGAGAUAUUUCGUUACAUGGUAUGCAUAAUAUGUAUGCAGUUAUUGAUAUAAAUUUAUGUAACGGUU